CUUCCAAAUUUAACUCUUUCUUUCUUCUUCUUCUGUUCUUCUGUUUCUGCUUUUACUUCUUCACCUCUCUGUCUAUAUCUCUACAGUGUCUUCUCAAUUUCUCCGGCGACGUUUUCUUUCUCUUGUCGGAGCCUUUGACUUUCUCCGAUCACCGUCUUUGCAGCCUACCUAGGCGGACAUGGGCCAUUGCUGCAGCAAAAACGUUGCCGUCAACAACGAAACAGUCUCCGCUGAUCACGGCGGCCUGAAACCGCCUCAUCAUGCGGCGUCUCCGCCGCCUUCCGGCCACUCAGUCUCCGGCGCCAGCGAUGCGACCCCCGGCAGGCACACUCCGGCGACCUCCUUCUCCACCAGCCCCUUCAACAGCCCUCUCCCGGCCGGCGUGGCUCCGUCGCCGGCUAAGACUCCGGGCAGGAAGUUCCGGUGGCCUCUUCCGCCACCGUCCCCGGCGAAGCCAAUCAUGUCGGCGUUGCUGCGGCGGCAGGGGAAGGCGAAACCGAAAGACGGGCCGAUACCGGAGGAGCAAGGGGAAGGUGGUGAGGGAGAGAGGUCACUGGAUAAGAGCUUUGGAUAUGGCAAGAAUUUUGGGGCAAAGUUCGAGAUUGGGAAGGAAGUGGGUCGUGGACAUUUUGGUCACACUUGUUGGGCCAAAGGAAAAAAAGGAGAGCUCAAGGGACAAUCAGUUGCUGUGAAAAUCAUAUCCAAAGCUAAGAUGACUUCAGCAAUAGCAAUUGAAGAUGUACGGAGGGAGGUGAAAAUGUUGAAGGCCUUAUCUGGACACAAGAAUUUGGUCAAGUUUUAUGAUGCAUUUGAGGAUGUCAAUAAUGUCUACAUAGUGAUGGAGUUGUGCGAGGGUGGAGAACUACUUGACAGGAUUCUAGAUAGAGGUGGAAGAUACCCAGAGGAUGACGCGAAAGCUAUUCUUGUACAAAUUCUAGAUGUAGUUGCCUUUUGUCAUCUUCAAGGAGUUGUUCAUCGCGAUCUAAAACCAGAGAAUUUUCUUUUUGUCUCAAAAGAUGAGGAUGCUGUGAUGAAAGUUAUUGAUUUUGGUCUAUCUGAUUUUGUUAGACCAGAUCAACGCCUCAAUGAUAUUGUUGGCAGUGCCUACUACGUUGCACCUGAAGUACUCCAUAGAUCUUACAGUGUUGAAGGAGACUUAUGGAGUAUUGGAGUCAUAUCCUACAUAUUGUUAUGCGGAAGUAGACCAUUUUGGGCACGCACUGAAUCAGGAAUCUUCCGGUCUGUGUUAAGAGCAAAUCCUAACUUUGAUGAUUCACCUUGGCCAUCAAUAUCACCGGAAGCUAAAGACUUUGUUAAGAGACUUUUGAACAAGGAUCACAGGAAAAGGAUGACUGCUGCUCAAGCUCUAGCUCAUCCAUGGUUGAGAAACGAAAAAAUUGCGAUUCCUUUAGAUAUUUUGAUUUACAAGUUAGUCAAGUCAUAUGUGCGUGCCUCACCUUUGAAACGUGAGGCAUUAAAGGCUCUCUCGAAAGCAUUGACAGAAGAUGAGCUUGUCUACCUUAGAGCACAGUUUAGCCUCUUGGAACCUAAAGAUGGAUACAUUUGGCUUGAGAAUUUUAGAGUAGCUCUCAUGAAAAAUGCAACUGAGGCCAUGAAGGAAUCAAGGGUUCUUGACAUUUUAAAUUUGUUGGAGCCACUCUCCUAUAAAAAGAUGGACUUCGAAGAGUUUUGCGCUGCCGCAAUCAGUGUAUACCAGCUGGAAGUUCAUCAAGAAUGGGACAAAAUUUCUACCACAGCUUUCGAGUAUUUUGAGGAGACAGGAAACCGAAUCAUUACAGUUGAGGAGUUGGCACAGGAGAUGAGUUUGGGUCCUUCAGCUUAUUCUUUAAUGGGAGAUUGGAUCAGAAAAUCUGAUGGAAAACUCAGCUUGGUCGGAUAUACAAAGUUUUUGCAUGGUGUCACAAUGCGCAGUUCUAAUACAAGGCAACGACAGCUAGUAUGACAAAAGGGAUAUUUUAUUAUUAUUAUUGUUAUAGUAUUUGUGGAAAUUAGUUCGUGUCUUUUUUUUUUUGUUCUUUUUUAAUUUGAAUUCAAAAGAAAAUGGUACAGAUGGGUCUAAGCAAUUUUUUUUGGGGUUUUGGGGAUUGGAUCGUGGAAAAUCAGAACUAACAUAUUGUUUUGUUACUCAUGUGAUUUGCGGUGCAAAGUAAAGUUCUCUUAUCUUGCUUGUGAGCACAAGAUGCCACUUGCUUUUUUUGUAA